UCAAAAACAAAUUUAAAUUAUUUAGUUACAUUUGAUUUCAAAUUUCGAUUAUAGCGAUAAAAUUUCCUGUGAACCAAAACUAAAAGAAACAUUGAAAGAGAAAAAUGCUGAAGCGCUGUGGACGCCGCUAUAUCGUCGGGGCCAUCCGCACUUAUGCCAAGGACAUACGCUUUGGUCCGGAGGCGAGGGGACUGCUGCUGAAGGGCGUGGAUAUCAUGGCCAAUGCAGUGUCCGCCACCCUGGGUCCGAGGGGAAGGAAUGUCUUGAUCGAGCAGCUCAUGAUUUCGCCGAGGAUCACCAAGGAUGGGAUCACAGUGGCGAACAAUGUCCAGCUGGAGGAUCGACGCUGCAACAUGGGAGCCCAGCUGCUGAGACAAACAACCUCAAACACCAACAACGAAGUGGGCGAUGGCACCACGACGGCGACGAUUCUGGCCAAAGGUAUGGCCAGCCAGGGAUUGGAGGUCAUCCGCCAGGGGCAGGUCAAUGUCCAUGCGCUGAGGGAGGGCAUGCUCGAAGCAUCGAGGGUGGUGUGCGAGGAGCUCCAGAGCAUGUCCCAGAUAGUCGAAACGAUCGGCGAAGUGGAGGCCGUCGCCACGAUUGCGCUCAACGGAGACAAACGAUUGUCCGACAUGAUUGGCGACGCUAUACUGAAGCUGGGCGAGGGCGGAGUGUUCCUGCUGAAGGAGUCAAAGUGCCUCAACGAUGAGCUUAAGGUUCAGGAGGGUGUCACUCUGCCGGAGGGAUUCGUGUCGCCUCUGUUUGCCAACCAGGGGAAUGGGAAUCGAGUGGAGUACAGCAAUGUCCUUCUGUUGGCCACUCUGGCCAACAUUGAACGGCUGGAUGAAAUUCUGCCCGCUCUAGAGUUGGCCAAGAGCAAGGAACAACCGCUCCUGAUCAUAGCCAAUGAUAUAUCAGCAGACGUAGUGAAGGCUUUGGUAAUGAAUCAGCUGCGAAAUUGCCUGCGAGUGUGCGCCGUCAAGGCCCCCAGCCACGGUUCAGAGCAGCGAGAUCAGAUGCAGGAUCUGGCAUUGGCCAUGGGGGCCAAUCUACUGGAGAAUGCAACUGGUCUGUCUGCGAUAGAGGCUGAGGACCUGGGGGUAGUAAGCGAGGUGAUUGUCGACUCCAGCUCCACCCACCUUCUCCACCCACGCAUCCACAACGAGGAUCAGGUGCAUGCAAGGGUCCAACACAUCAGAGCCCUGAUGGAGGAGGCGAUCACCGACGAGGAGGUGGACAAGCUCAACGAGCGUAUGGGGCGACUCUUUGGCUAUCUGGCCACCAUCUACGUAGGCGGGGCCAACGAGCUGGAGGUCAGCGAGAAGAAGGAUCGACUCAAUGAUGCUCUCCAUGCGGUGCAUGGGGCCAUCAGUGAUGGCAUUGUGCCAGGCGGCGGCACUGCCUAUCUCAGAUGCAUUCCCGCGCUGGAGUCGCUGGCCCCAUCCGAGACACCGGAGCACCAAAUUGGCAGGGACAUUGUCAGGAAUUCCCUUCGCCUGCCCUGCUACACCAUAGCCCGCAAUGCUGGCGUCAAUCCGGACGAAGUCAUCCGCCAAGUGCUGGAGGGGAGCGGCAACUUUGGCUAUGACGCGGCCGCAGGGCAGUUCUGUGAUCUCAAGGAGCGCGGCAUUGUCGAUCCCACAGGUGCCCUGCGAUCCGCCAUGUCAGAAGCCGCAGGGAUUGCCUCCUUGCUUGCCACCACCGAGGUGCUUAUAACAGAGGAGCGUAUCCGGCCAAAGGUACCCAGGAAUCAAGUGACCAAAGAUCUUGCCGGCCUCAUUGGAAUGUAGAAAGAUCUGACAAAUACUCUGCUUAGCGAUCGGACAUUCGUCUAAAUUUAGCAUGUAUUUCAAUGUAAGAAACUAAAUCAUUUAAAGUGUC